AUGGGUUAAAGUGGAUUUCAAAACCUUCGAACCAAAAGUUUGGAAAUGUUGGAUCUACGGUUCACAUCACCUGGCAUUACGAUUGCAACCAGAAAUUUGUUGUAUCUACACUUAUUUACGACAAUAGACAGAUAGCCCAACGACUCCCAGCUACACACAAAUAUAUUCCAAUAAAGAAUAAUAUGGAUGCUCAUUUCUCUGUUAUCGGUGGAUCAAAUGUAACAAUGAUCAUCUUUGAUGUUGAAAAAGAAAAAAGUGGAUCAUAUUGCUGUGAGGUUAUUUGUAUUGGUGAACCAUCAGAAAAGGCAUGCACGAUGCUCUUCAUAUAUGCUUUGCCUCGUAUCAACUAUCUGACCUCGCACCUUUAUGGAACACAAGGAGAUUCAAUAACAUUAAGAUGUAAUGCCUCUGGACAUCCAGCACCCAAUUAUACAUGGAUACACAAGGAUACGAACAGAACAAUGGCUAAUUUCAGCGUAACGUCAUUCAACAUCACUGGUAAAGAAUCAGGAGGAGAGUAUUGCUGUCACGUGUCAAACGGUUUUGGGGAGGUGAAUAAUUGUACCUCCCUUAAAGUGAUAG